GUUUUGUUGGGUGCAGGAGACCCGACGCCAUCUUCAAUUUCUUCACUUCCUUUCUGGUUGGUAUGUUAGCUGUUUUGUUUUACUGGAUUAGCAGGCAGUGAACAGACAGUACAGACAUCAUGGGAAGAAAGAAGAAAAAGCAAAUGAAGCCUUGGUGCUGGUACUGUAACAGAGAUUUUGAUGAUGAAAAGAUUCUCAUUCAGCAUCAGAAGGCCAAACAUUUCAAGUGCCACAUCUGUCAUAAAAAGCUGUACACUGGCCCUGGGCUUGCAAUCCACUGUAUGCAGGUACAUAAAGAGACCAUUGAUGGAGUUCCUAAUGCAAUACCUGGAAGAACAGAUAUUGAGCUGGAAAUAUAUGGCAUGGAGGGUAUUCCCGAAAAAGACAUGGAAGAGAGAAGAAGAGUGCUAGAACAAAAGAACCAAGAGACGCAAAAGAAAAAGCAGAACCAGGAUGACUCUGAUGAGUACGAUGAGGAUGACGAGCCUGGUCCCUCCUUCCAGCAGCCUGCUGUAGGCCAGCCCCAGGCAGGCUACAUCCCCCCUAUGACCCAGCCUGGCAUGCCUCCUGCCUCUGGUGCUCCAGGGAUACCACUGGGCAGCUACUCAAGAAUUCCCCCAAUGAUGCCAGGUGUGCCACCAAUGAUGCCAGGAAUGCCCCCUGUACUACCAGGAAUGCCUCCAGGGAUGAUACCAAUGGGUGGGAUGAUGCCUCCAGGUCCAGGGAUGCCUCCAAUGAUGGCAGGUGUGCCACCAGGCAUGCCUCCUCCUGUGGGCCACCGUCCAGGCAUCACACACAUGGCUCAGGUCCCCCCUGCUGCAAACAUGUUGACUAGACCUGCUGUUCCUGCUGCCACUGUCCCCUCAGCCCAGCCUGAUGUCACAAAGCCUCUUUUCCCCAUUGCUGGACAGAUGGGCAGUCACGCUGCAAGUACAAGUGCAGGCUCAUCAAGUGCAGACUCUCAGUCCGCCUCCCCUAAAGCUCUGUUCUCUAUCGCAUCACAAAGUCAGCAGACAGUGUCAGGGUCCCCCACCCCCCCCACUACCUCCUCUGAUCCCUCAAAGCCCACAUUCCCGGCCUACACUCAGGCCACCGUAGCUGUUGCCAGCCCCAAUGCUGGCAGCAGUACAGUCUCCAAACCUCCCUCUACUGUAACCAGUAAGCCCGCCACCCUCACCACCUCCAGUGCAACCAGUAAGUUGAUCCACCCUGAUGAGGACAUCUCACUGGAAGAGUUGCGGGCUCAAUUACCCAGGUACCAGCGCAGUAUUCCCCGCCAAGGCCAGACCACCGCUGCUGCCCCAUCAGUGGGUCCUGUGGGUGGCCUGAUGGCUCCUCAGCAGCCCGGCAUGAGGCAUCCCUUACCUGGACAGUAUGGUGGUCCACCCCAGGGGAUGCCAGGCUACAUGCCAGGAGGGAUGCCUCCAUACGGACAGGCUCCUCCUGUGGUUCCCCCAGGAUACCAGGGAGCUCCUCCGCGGCCACCCAUGGGCAUGCGACCCCCUGUCAUGUCUCCCGGAAGUCGCUACUGAAGCCUGCCUUCCUCUCUUCAAUAGGUUUGGACACUCAACCCUUUUCUAAUGUCCUCAGCUGCUAGUAGACACACCAGUAUUGGUAUUCUAGUACCACAACGUACUGUUUAUUCUACUACUGAGCUAUGAGGAAGAGACACUGAAUAAACAGCAAACAAGAGAGCUAUAGAAGCAUCACAGAGCGCAUGGGAAAUAUUUAGACUGUACCUAACCAAGACUAUGAACUGUUGUUUCAAACCAUCUCUGUUCUGUGGCUUUUUUUCCUUCUCAUGUUUCAUUUAGGUGUAUAGAAGUGUAGUAGAUAUGGUUCGUAGUGUUGUGAAGGCGCUGGAGUUACAUGGGAAGUACCCACCCUUUAUCAAGGCAAGUUUUAUGUAAAUACAUUUCUGUUCUAAGCUAAACAGUGAGGCCUUCACAGCACGCAGUGCUGUUGGACUUUGUGUCCCCAACUUUGUUUGGUGAGGGCUUCAAACAACUGUUUAUGCAUUCAUUCUGUUUUAUUGUUAUAGUUUUAAAGAGGAAAUACUCCCUCAACCCUAAAUAGAUGAAGUACUAAAUGAAAUGGUAUAUGUAUUGUUGUAAAACUGUAUUGUAAUAAAAUGUGGCAAAAAUGUAAGACUCUUCUUUGCGGGACGUUAGUGGGAAAAGAGACGUCACAGCAGGUUUGUACUCCAGUUAUAAACUACAUGCAAUAGGAAUGUGCAUCUGUGCUUUUAGUUGUUGAGUUGAAAUUAAAAAUGUUGGUAAAUGUU